UGACUUCCUCGACAGUUGUGCAAUUUUUUUUUACAAAAAAUUAUGGAAAAAUUAUUAUUUUCAUUGGUUCUCUUACUUCCUUCAGUUUUAUCGCAAGAUCGGUUGAUAUGUGAAGGUAUUCCAGAUUUUGGAUACGUUGCAUCAAAACAGGAUUGCUCGUUAUAUUAUCAAUGCAUUGGAGGAAUCUCUUAUCGACUUCAGUGCCCUCGUGGAAAUUAUUUCUCAACAGAGCGACAAACGUGCGUACCUUAUGCUGAAUCAGAUUGUCCACUCAUAAAUCCUACAACUACUCCCGCAACAACAACUACUACUUCACCAAAUGGACUUCCUACAUGCAGAGACGUUCCUGAAUUUGGCUACAUACCAUCACUUCAAGAUUGUGAUUAUUACUAUCAGUGCAUUGAAGGUGUUCAAUAUCUUCUGAAAUGCCCGAGAGGAUUUUAUUUUAGCUUUGCUCAACAAACUUGUGUCAAUCCAAUUGACUCAGACUGUCCACUGAUUAGCACUUCACCAGCUCCUCCGACAACAACGCCCCCAUCAGGACCCCCAACAUGUGGAGAUGUUCCUGAAUUUGGGUACAUCCCCUCACUUGAAGCUUGUGAUUAUUACUACCAGUGCAUUGAAGGUGUUCAAUAUCUUCUGAAAUGCCCGAGAGGAUUUUAUUUUAGUUUUGCUCAACAAACUUGUGUCAAUCCAAUUGACUCAGACUGUCCACUGAUUAGUACUUCACCAGCUCCUCCGACAACAACACCCCCAUCAGGACCCCCAACAUGUGGAGAUGUUCCUGAAUUUGGGUACAUCCCCUCACUUGAAGCUUGUGAUUAUUACUACCAGUGUAUUGAAGGUGUUCAAUAUCUCUUAAAAUGUCCAAGAGGUUUUUACUUCAUUUUUACGGUUCAAAAUUGUGGCAAUCCUUCAGAUUCUGACUGUCCCCUAUUAAAUACUACAACAGCACUUAAUAUCCUCAACAAAAAAUCAUAACAAACUUAAAAUCAACCGUAAAUCAACGGUUUUAAUUUCCUAUAUAAUUGAUUUUUUUUUUGUAAAUUUUUACUUUAAAUAAUGUUUUUUCAAGUUAUGAGUUUGCGUCUGUAAAAAACGUUUUUAAACUUUUUAAAUAAUUAUUAUUUCAAAUAUUAAAAACUUGCAAAUAUUAACUCAACUUAAAAAAUCUUUUGAAUUUAUAAAAUAAUCUUCCUCCUAUUUCUAAGCAUCAUUUGCUUAGAGAUUAUAAAUAAAUUUGCAAGACAUUUUAACAUUUUUAAACCGUGUUUUUUUUUUCAUUUUAUAAAUUUUUAAAUAUUU